GAAAGAUCAGCUCGUGUCAUUAUGUCUUGGUAAAAGCUCACUGAAGUACAUCAUAGAAAAUGUCGUUUGUACAAGUGUUGACGUGUCACUCAGACCUGCAGAAUUCCUUACGAUCCAUGACCUAUGACAUAUGAGUAAUGCGAGGAGCCAGUUUGGCGCCAAGCCAUAGUAAGGACGAGGGAAGUGGGGAGGAAGGACAUCAAGCACCAACGACCAUCAUACAGCUCUACCGUCUCCUGAACUUCUUGCAGACACACAUACACCCACACACUGCACACACACACUCCUGUCCAGCCAUGAAGACCUUGCCUUCCCUACUACCUCUGCUGGUAGCGGUUGCAACUGAAUCUGGAAGCUCCCUCACCACCGCUCUGGCUCAUCUGUGCAAUUAUGAAUACAGAGUCAUCGAAAAUGACACAUUCGUUGCCACUGGAAUCUCACACUUAAGCAAUUAUCUAUACAUUAGACCUGAGCCAGGCUUUGAGGGCGUCAGCAUGACGGUGGGGACAACUGAUGGCGAGAAGUACACCGCCUUCUUCCCGAAGCAGGACAAGUGCUUUCAGCACCAAGCGGACUGGUGGCAGAUUUUGAUGGAAUCGUGGCCAUACAACUACACCUCAGACAACACCAACCAUCACGGUCUUUACUUCAGAAUGUGGACUAGUGGAUGUCCCAGGCUGUGCUACCAUACUGCUAUAGUCAACGAAGUUGUGGACGCCAAUAUUACCAUUUAUGGCCCUUCAGCAUGGAAGAACAACCCCCCAGACUCACGCUGCAAGACCGUAAUGAUUAUGAACAAUUAUGACGAGGAACGUGUGCCCUGCAGGUCUUACAAAUCUCCGGAAGGUGACAACAUGAAAACGGGACCUGUUGAGGCUAAACACCCUGUCACGCCAGCGAGCACACGCCCCACAACCACGGCCUCAUCCAUCAGCACAAUUUUCCCAGAAUCUCUGACAGUCUCUCUCAUGGUAGUGCUGGUGCCAGGCAUUGCACUGACACUGGCGGCCACAGGGACGCUGCGUCUAGUCCUGGUUCUGAAGGAACGCAAGAAAAAACGAACAGCAGCACGCCCGACAGUGUAGGAGGUGUCGUCAGCAGAGGCAGAAGGCGCCUUCAGGGAGACCGGCGCCUGAAGGAACACAGCGCGGCCGGCCACGGACCACUUUACCCAUCACUGGGCACACUCAAAGCAUUGCCUUAGUGAACAGAAACAGACAGGAGGGUGUGCAGUGAUGCAGUGCUCAGGGCCCAGUGUUCCCGCCAGCUGCUUCUGUCAAGUUGUAUUCCACUUUUGAUAGUAUCUCAGGCCUUGUUUGAAAUACUCUUGUUCUCUCAACAGGGCUGUUAUCAAAGACCACAGAAGUGAUAAGUUGUGUUCUUAUAUCAUUUCAUUAUCUUUUACUUGGCGAUUUAGAACUGCUGUUAAACUGUGACUGGAAUUACGAAAGCAACAUUCAUAAUCUAAAAAGCAGGAUUACCAAACAACCUCUUCAUCUUUUCUAUGGUUCAUCUUCAUGUAAGCAAAACGCGUAUAAGAAUCACGUUCAACAAAAAUCUAUUUCCUCUGUUGUUGGCCAUUAUUGUACUCUAAAAGAAUACAUCUGGUUGAAUAAUGAAUGGUCUAACGUGUAGGAUGAUGCAACAUUCAGAUCCCGUGACAGCGAUUCGAAUCCGUUCAAACCACGUCGAGUUUCCAAGCGUUUGAGUAUCCGGUGUUGUGUUUUCAACGAACCGUGAAGUCACGAUGUUGAGUCAUAACUUAAAAUGUCGGUAAAUUUUUAUCUAUAUUUCUAUAACUAGGUUUUGAAUUUGCUCGUCUCUUUUUCUUUUCUCCUUUUUUUUUUCUUCUUUUUUAGUAGGGGCGAGGGAGCCGCAAGUUUCUAUUUCACUGAAGUCGACGUCCCUUAUACACACACACAAAAAAAAAUAAACAUCGUACUAAUGAAGAGACUGAAAUAAAAGAAAAUAUAAUCGUGUUUCUUAUGUUACCAAUUUGUAUUUGUAGAUGUAAGUCUGCCUUCUCUGUGUCUGUAGAUGUAAGUCUGCCUUCCCUGAGUCAUGAGUCUCGAUGCUGAGGACAUUGUCGGGUCCUCAUUUCCUCGCCUUGCAUCCUCUGUCUGUUCAAGUAGAAGUGCAAUAAACAGAUUCACACACCGUUA